GUUUGAGGCGCGUGGUUUGUGUCUAGUGACACGACCACAAUCUCUAGGUCGUACAGUCUUCAGAGUGGUACAUUGUCUGUAGCUGGGGUGUGAACAGUGCAAAACAAUAUGCUGGACUCUAAGACGAAUAACUUUAGUGCUCUCGGGUUUCCCUACCCAAUUUAUGUGGUUGAUGUCUUGGAUAAAAAUUCAUUGGUUGUUGCUGGUGGUGGUGGCGCAGUAAAAACUGGUGUUCCGAACAGAAUUGACAUUGUCAACCUCUAUCGAAAUGAAAAAAAUGAUCCAACUCCUGUUGACUGCCAGCGUUCUGGAGGUUUGGAUACAGGCACAGAAGCUGUUAUGAGUCUUACUGUCAUCACUCCUGGAGAUGGUGGUUACAUCGCGAGUUUGGAAGGCCAGAAGUGCGUAGAAUACAUAGCCCAUUCAAAAGUUAAUCUCGUUGACUCACCCUUAAAUUCAUCAAGUGUUGAGACCAAUGUGUCUUCUACUGACAAGACAGAUGAAAUAAGUUUGCGUAGAAGAAAAGGGGAAUCUGAGAAAACGGAUGAAUUAAAUAAAGCAGCGAUUUCUCCGGAAAAAAAUCCAGUGGAAAGUAGUCUUAGUGAAUCAAUACCUUUAGAGUGGGAAUUAACUAAGAUUCGUGAAUACACACUUAUGCAACAGGCUGCGUGUUCGGCUGAUGAUUCUGGCUCUGAGUCACCCUCAGGUUCUGUUCCGGCAAGUCUAUCAGGAACACCAACAUGUGUAGCACAUGGUGGUCCUGCUGGUACGUGGUUAGCUGUUGGCUCUGAUAAUGGCUCUGUAUUUCUAAUUAAUCGUUAUUCUCAUCAACAAGGAUGCCUUACCAAUGAACAACAGCUAGAUGAUCUCUCCUCCCAGUCAUUGAUCUUGUAUCCAGAUGUUAGUAGUGGCCUCUCCACUGGUGUUUGCAGUAUGGCUUUCUCUCAUCCACAUAUCAGUAGUUCUAGUGAUUCUACAACUUAUCCGCUACUAGCUACAAUAUGCGACAGACCUGAUUGGAGUACAUUGCGUGUAUGGCGUACUGAUGGUCGAUUUUCAAAAUCUUUUCUACCUUUGAGUGAUAUAACAUCAAUGCGUUCAUCAUCAGUAAAAGGUCAUCAACAAAUUAAAUCAAAAAUAUCAGUUUCUAAGCAAACUCUUGCAGAUGGUCGGGGUGUUCGAUUGAAAACAUUUCUUAAAAGUGUAGAUACUGAUGCCUAUGACAAUUCAUUUAAACUUCAAGAUCAAAUUUUAUUCAGUCAUUCAGUAGAAAAGUAUCCAUUCGCUAUUGCUUCUUGUAGUUCUUUAUCAUGUAACAGUACACCUCCACCCUCUCCAACUCCUGUUUCAACUGCAUCAGCAUCGGGUAAAGUUGUUGACCGUUCAAAUUAUCGUUUCAGGCAUUGUCAAUUUAUGAAGUAUUCUAUCACACCUCAAGUUCCAACCGGUCACACCUUGUCUGCUACGAAUUCUAAGGAUGAAAAGAGUAAUAACGUUGAGUCUAUGUUAGUUACUACCCUUCAGCCUUUAUGCGCAAAUCGGCGAAGUUUUAGUCGUUUAAUUGUUUGGUCAGUUCCCCAUGCUUCUUCGUUGGGUUCUGAAACAACAGGUACUGGAAGAAUCCAUCAACCGGUUCAGCUUAAUGCCUUUGCAGAGAUUACUCUUCCUCAAGGACAUCUACCUGCUUGUUUGGCUGUUCAUCCUAGUCGGUCACGCGGUCUGAUUGCCGUGGGCACUAUGGAAGGACGUGUUGAUGUUUACUUGUCUUCUUCUUCUUCCUUCUCACACUAUUUUCCUCACGUCACUCUUGGACAAGUAGCCCAUCGUUCCCUAUUCGAAUUCCACUUGUAGGCCUGUCUGUCGUGUGAUGUCACUCAGCGCGCUUGUCCAAUCCAUAUUCAUUUCCUUCGGCGUAUUUGUUUGGAUGCUUGUCUGCCAGAGUUCCCCAUUGUUAUUCAUUCCUGGCCGACCAUCUGAUUUUCACUAUGGAGCAAAGUAAAGUGUUGAUGGGUCUAAAGUCUGUUGGAGAUAUUUUCUGUGAAGAGCAGGCGAAAGGUCGAUUACAAUAUGGAAGCACACACAGUCGAUGUUGAAGAUCUAGAUCUUGUUUCUGAUACUGAGUGAAAGAGAUGUCAACCCUGAUUUCAGCUUGUCACCGUGCAAUCAUCGUUUGGUCAAUGUAUACUCCUUAAAGAAUGCUCAUCCAAUAUUUGUCACUGCACUAACCUUCUUACGACAAGAUUCAUCAUUGUCUACACAGAAAUUUCAAAAGACCAACUCAAAAACUCAUCUGAAAUCGGAUUCCUUCGAUUUAGUCAGUGUUAGCGUAGAUCGAUUGGUUAAAUGGCAUCGUGGGCCAACUUAUUCAAUUGUUGGUAAAUUAUCACGAGGACUUAUUGAUAUGCAUAAUAACGACAACAAUAAUUGGUUUAGGCAUAUUAUUAGUGCAAAAGUUGGCAUCUCUAUAAUUUACUUUCUCAGCAUAUUAAUGUUACCAAUUCUUUUGGUGUUGUUUGAGGCUAUCUUGUCUAAAUUUUAAAUAGUGUAUUUUAUUUUCAGAACAUACUCUAUUUGUUUGUAUACAUAUGAUAUGCAUAUCUAUGCGAAAUAUGUAUAUUUUCUGUCCCACACACAUGCAGACGCGCGCGCGCGCAUACAAUUAUCAUAACCAAAUGUCUUUCAUUAUCUAGUUAUGAGCGAUUACUUACAACAGAUGAUACCUUUAUUCUAUCAAAAUCUGACUAAUAUCUCUCUCUCUCUCCCUCUCCCUUAAUCCAAUUCAUUUGUCUAUAUACAAUUAACACUAAUUCUCUGGAUAGUUUAGGUAUGGAAUUUGUAUACAAGAUGAUUUUUAUUAUUAUUAUUAUUCGUUUUACUCUUUACCUUUUGUCGUCUCCCCUCGCCCUCCUCAUCAUUAUUAUUGUUGAUGUCGCUAAUAUUUAAAUAAUAAUAAUAUUAAUAAUAAUUUUAUUGUUUUACUCCAUGUUGUUAAUAUAUUUAUCAGCUCUAUCAGUUUACUUGAUCUCGAUUAUUGUUAUUAUAUUCCUCCCCUCUACCUCCUCCUCAUUAUUAUUAUUAUUAUUAUUGAUAUAAAUAGGUGAAUAAAAACAAGAGUGAAUAAAUUUAAUACCACAGACAUUUUUGACCUAUCUGUGAUCUCUUUUCUGAAUAAUAUCCGCAUAUUGUCACGGUUUAUUUCUCCUUCAGGAUUUACAAUAAUAAUAAUAAUAAAACUCGGUUCCUUCUUUUCUAUGUGGUUUGUUUUGGUGGUAGUGGUAUAUUGUGGAUAUUAGGAUAUACUACUCUGUGUGUGUGCAUGUGUGUAUGUAUGUUUGUAUGUAUGUCCUCACUUUAUUGUUUUGUUUUCUAAUGUAUCAACUUGUACAUUUGAAAAAAAAGACAUUUUAAAUUCUGAUUUUGUUUCCUUUCUUCCUUCCUUUCAUUUCAUUUCAUUUAUUUAUUUGUCUUCUACGAUUAUUAUUAUUAUUAUGAUGAUAUGUACACUGUUUGACUAUUCUAAUUAAAGUGAUUGUGAGAU